CUAGGGUUUUCCCCGUUAUUUUCCGCGGGUUUUACGGAUUUUCUCUGCUUAUUACGAUUAUCCCCACGCCCUUGCCAGAUUUGAGUGCACAUACAUAAUUGGGAGGUUUGGAUAUGGAAGAAUGGCUAAGUAAAUUAUCCUUGCUUAUAAUUAUGUUAAAUAUAGAUGGGAAAGAGGGUGGGGGAGCCAUGCAUUUAUGCAGCAACAUCAUCUACCAGUGCUAAUGUUCAGACGUAGAUAGAUAAGAGUAGCGGAUUCCUCUGACAGAGCUGCUGCUUCUUUCACGAGCUGCAACCUUUGGGUGAUAUAAAAGUGCUCAUCUAGCAGAGGAUAAGAGCAGGUGGGCUAUGAGCUGGUACCGGCAUAUUUGUUUCUGCAGAAUUUUUUCAAUUACAGUUCUGCUGUAUGAUUGUCUUGUUGUUUUUACUUCUCGAAAAGGAACGCUUUGUUGUUUAAAACCCCGCUUCAAGAACUUGAGUUGUUGCCGCACCUGCAUCAUUUCUCAAGAAAAUAGAAUAUCCAAAUGCUGUUGCAAGAUUUGGUGAUAACUUUUUUCCCCCUCUGAAUCCUACUUCAAAAUGAGCAGAGGAAGCUCCGGAUUGGCAUGAGCUAGGGGGCCAUGGAAGAGGCAGACAAGGACCGCAAUUCCUGCAAGCGACUGCGAGCGGUAGGCGGCGGCGACUCGGCGGAUGCGUGGCGGACUUUCCGGGUGGCACGCGCCGCGGCGGGUGGCAAGGACCGGCACAGCAAGGUGGUGACCUCGCGCGGCCUCCGCGACCGCCGCAUCCGGCUCUCGGUGCAGACGGCCAUACAGUUCUAUGACAUCCAGGACCGCCUGGGCGUCGACCAGCCCAGCAAGGCCAUCGAGUGGCUCAUCCAAGCCGCCGCCACCGCCAUCGAUGGUCUCCCAUCGCUGGACUGCUCCUUCGGCCUCCCCGUCGCCUCCCCAGCAGCAGAAGAUACCGCGGAGGUCAGCACCUCGGAGACCAGCAAGGGCUCCGUGCUCUCGCUCGCCAACGGCCCUGCCGACAGUGACAAUGCCGCUCACCAAGCCAAUGCAUACAGCGGGGGCACUGCCAAUGGCACGUUUGCCGAGCUCCUGCACUGCUCCAACGCUGCCGACAAGCCAAUGCAGCAUCAGCAUCACCAGCAGCAGCCGACGCUUGCCUACUACGCAGCCCCGGGUUCGCACGUCGCGCCCAUGUCCUUUGAGAUGAUUCCCCAGCUCACCUUCUCCCAGGACCAGCAACACCGCCACCACCGCCACCAUGCCUCUGUCGCCUUCGAGAGGAGCACACUUCAGUCCAACACCGUCUCCACGCCGCAGUGGCCGCCGUCCCAGCACCCGUUCCUGAUGCAGAGGUUCUCUGCUGCUCCAGCCGAGCCUUCGCCUAUGUUUCCCUUCUUUCUUGGAGGCAACAGCGCCGCCGCUGCUGCUCCUGCGGCGGCCAAUGCGCCAGAGCGGAGGCUGCAGCUCUGGGACUUCAAGGAGGAAAGGAAGACAUAAUUUCUUCUUGGAGAGAUUCAGUGUUGUGCCAACCUACCAAGUCAUGAUCCAUCCAGCACAAGCAAAACUCUGAAGGAGAGAAAGACGCAAGGCAUCGAAGGUGUCGGCGCCAUGGAGGCGCGUGGAAUCACAAAUGCUUAUUAGCUGGAUCUGAGAUCCUUUCCUCGCGGUUUUCAUUUUGUCGUUGUCAUCAUCUGACCUAUAAUGUUGUUGCGAUCGGAAAUCGAAUGUUCUUUAGAGCUGUA